AUGGAGCUUUUCCUUCUGUUAGUAGCUCUGCUACCAGAUCCAGUUUCAGGAGUCUUAUAUGGAUCCAGGUUUUUGACCGGUGAGGUUGGAGGAUCAGUCACUCACCAGUGCUUCUACUCAAUCAUACCGGCCAAUAGAUUUGACCGAAAAUACUGGUGUAAAAUAGCAGAAAGCGGAGUGUGCCCCACCAUCGUUUCUACCACCGGUUACAUCUCAAGAGGCUACAAAGGCAGAGUGUCUCUGGAAGACGUCCCCCAGAACGGCACGUUCAUAAUGAAGAUCACCCAGCUGAAGAAGAGUGACGCGGGCGCCUAUCGAUGCGGCAUUGGCCCCACCAACACAAACUUAUUCAUCCCCCAGAACCUGACAGUUUUGGAAGGUAUGAUAGCUGCAAGGGGAGAGGGGAGGAGCUGUCCAAUGGGCCGACAGCCGGCCCGCAGACCCUGGCCUCCCUCGGGGGUUGCAAAAGCACCUUGCCGUGUCCCAUUGCACAGCUGGCAGGGAGCUGUCUGGAGCCACAUGUUGGACUAUCGACGUCGAAAGAGUUACGAGGGACGAAUCUUCAUCAAACCUCAGGAGAGCUCUGGAGCUUUCAAAAUCUUGAUAAAUGACUUAAAGAGGGAAGACUCAGGGCUGUACAGAUGCGGGACAGGGAUGCCAAGCGGGACGGACAGCCCCAGGACGGUGGACCUGCAGGUGACGGCAGCCUUCUCCGACCCUGCAGCCUCCACCAUCCGCAAGAGACCGAAAUUCCUGAGCGGAGCAGUCGGAGGCUCGUUGUCUCUUCAGUGCCACUACGACCCGCAGAGGAACUACAAGAAGAAGUAUUUGUGCCGGUGGAAGGAAGGCAGCUGCUCGCUGCUGGUGGAUGCUGAUGGGUUUGUGCACGGCUCGUAUGAGGGGCGAAUACAAAUAGUCGGCAACGACCAGGAAAACGGGACUUACACCGUCGUGAUGAGCAACCUGAGAGAGGACGAUGCAGGAUGGUACUGGUGCGGGGCCAAAAACGGGCACACAGAGCAAACAUUUUCUCUGAAGUUACGCAUCCAGAAGGGUAGGUAAUGGGUCGGCUUGGAACACAAUAAGUCCCUUUUCGUUUUUUAAAAUCACUCCACCCCUGACCACUUCACAGGCACGGGGAGAAUAAACUCUACUUUGUACUAUGCAUAAAUGUAACAACAUUAUGGGAAACGUGCUUUACAUUUUUCCUUACGAACACUUAUUGGCAAGUAACCGAGGUGAUGGUAAAGGUUUCCAAAGGCAAGGAUAUAAGCUAGACUUCCAGCAGAAAUUUAGUUUGUUUGAAUUGUAUCAUGGAUUAUUCAUGAUGCAAAGCCCUAGCGUAUCACAUCCUGAUCCUCCUAAGUGCAGUACAGAGACACAUGCCUUACUCCAAAGAUAAGCUGAAAACUAUCUUGCAGUUUUAGACCUGUGUAUUUGUACGCAGCAGUUUCUGGGUAACUGACCUGACCAGUCUUCAAAGACAGAAAUAGAGAUGUUCAAGUACGAAUGUUUUCCGAGUAUUGAUAGGUUUCAUUAGUACUCCCAGAUUGCUUUCUAUAAAACUCAGAAAAAAAUAGACAUUUGGUUUUGGUCAUAUCAUGCUGCAUAUUUUUUUAUCAGGAGAUGCAAAGUGAAAUGCAAAAGCUUGGGAAAUGUUAUUGAGAAGACUAUGGUUCUUUGGUGGCUCCAAUAUGUUUCCUCUGCAAAGAUAUGGAUAUUCAAGCCUUAAAAUAAUUUUCUUCAUCAGAAACCUGCUCUUCACGAGGCCCAGAGACAUCCACUCUUGUAGACCCCACUUCAUCAUCAGCUCCAGCUGCGUCCAGCACCCCCCCACAGAGAAGCGUCACCAGUCAGACGUACGUGGAGGGUGGAUCCGGGGAGAACACAAGUGCCUUGGUGUCCGUUCCCUACUCCGUCACGUUUGAGACCUCCAGAAAGGAAAUCUAUCGUGGGAGGCAAGUUCAUCACUAUGUUUCUGUUAGAGGCACCGUGUAAGCUGGUGAUUUGCAAUGUCUGCCCAGUUUCCUUGGGCUCUGCAUUGCUAUGCACAGGCUGCAAACUGAAAACACUAACAGGAGAUAUUAGUAAUUAGAAAUGCAGAAGGCAAGGUUAUCUCAUGUUUGUGGAUCUUUGAACUUCUCUCUAAAUCCUCUGGUGUUGGUCACCGCUGUAGAUCGGAUGCUAGAGUCAAUAGAUGUGAUUGUGUCUGUUGUCCUUUGGUUAGGAUGGAGACAGGCUAUUAGGAAACUUUAGGCUUGAGCAGUAACACUGGUGAAUCAGUAGGUGCUGCAUACUUUGCUGCACACAUUUUCCAAGCCAUU